UGCCGAGGGAGGCCCGACAGGGAGAGGCAAGGGGCUGGCUCGCCCGCCUGUUGUUCUCCCCCGGCGACGGAGCCCGAGACGGCUAGGUGAGCGCCGCCUUGCCAGCUUCCCCAGCGCUCUCCGGCUGUGCCGCCGGCGCGGACGCCACCAUCCCUUCUCCCCGGACCCCCUUAGGCUCCGCCUUUGCUCCCUUUCGUCCGGUGACGUCGGUCUCCAGGGUGGCGAUGUACAGGGGACGGCGGGAGGUGGAGCUGGCCCCCGUCCGUCCGCCCGCCUCCUCCUCGGGGUCCUCGGCGGCCUGUCGUGUGUUAAAUGCAACCAGGCUGCCAGGCCCCUCCCCCUGGCCAGAUGGAUCCCUCUGCCCCGAAGCCCCACGCGGAAAACGCCGGCAAAGACAUAUGGCAUCCAGGAGAGAGAUGUCUUGCCCCUUCUCCAGAUAAUGAAGAACUUUGUGAAGCAAGCAUAAAAUCCGUCACAGUGGAUGAAAAUGGGAAGUCAUUUGCAGUCAUCUUAUAUUCAGAUUUUCAAGAGAGGAAGGUACCUAUUAAAAGAAUUCAAGAAAUAAAAUCUGUUAAAGAUUGCUCCAGGAAUUUUAUCUUUGAUGAUGAAGAUUUGGAAAAACCUUAUUUCCCGGACCGAAAAUUUCCAUCGUCUGCGGUUGCUUUUCAUUUAUCUAAAGAUGGAGACUCUAUUCCUUACACUAUUAAUAGAUAUUUGAGAGACUAUCAAAGGGAAGGGGCCCAGUUUCUCUAUGGACACUUCAUCCAAGGAAGAGGGUGUGUUCUUGGUGAUGACAUGGGACUCGGGAAAACAGUACAGGUAAUCUCAUUUUUGGCUGCAGUUUUGCAUAAAAAGGGAACUCGUGAAGAUAUUGAAAAUAACAUGCCAGAGUUCUUACUAAGAAGUAUGAAAAAGGAGCCCCCUUCUUCUACAGCAAAAAAGAUGUUCUUAAUAGUUGCUCCUCUUUCUGUCCUCUACAACUGGAGGGACGAGUUGGACACCUGGGGAUAUUUUAGAGUCACGAUUUUACAUGGGAACAAAAAGGACAGUGAACUGAUUCGCGUGAAACAGAGGAAAUGUGAAAUUGCUCUAACAACUUACGAAACACUGCGCUUAUGUCUGGAUGAACUUAACAGUUUGGAAUGGUCAGCUGUCAUUGUAGAUGAAGCUCAUAGAAUCAAGAAUCCAAAGGCUAGAGUAACAGAGGUUAUGAAAGCUUUAAAAUGUAAUGUCCGAAUUGGCCUCACUGGAACCAUUCUUCAGAACAACAUGAAAGAAUUGUGGUGUGUUAUGGACUGGGCCGUGCCAGGACUUUUAGGUAGCAGGGUCCACUUCAAAAAGCAGUUUUCUGACCCAGUAGAACAUGGUCAGAGACACACAGCAACGAAAAGAGAACUAGCCACCGGCCGAAAGGCCAUGCAGAGACUUGCAAGAAAGAUGUCUGGAUGGUUUCUCAGGCGUACCAAGGCUCUAAUCAAGGAUCAGCUGCCCAAGAAGGAAGACCGGAUGGUGUAUUGUUCUCUGACAGAUUUUCAGAAAGCUGUCUAUCAAGCAGUAUUAGAAACAGAAGAUGUGUCUUUGAUACUUCAGUCUUCUAAGCCUUGUACCUGCAGCAGUGGCCGAAAAAGGAGAAAUUGUUGUUAUAAGACCAAUUCACAUGGUGAAACAGUGAAAACCUUGUAUUUCAGUUACCUUGCAGUCCUUCAGAAGGUCGCUAACCAUGUCGCACUACUGCAGGCUGCUAGCACCUCCAAACAACAGGAAGCACUUAUCAAAAGGAUAUGUGAUCAGGUAUUUUCCAGAUUCCCAGAUUUUGUGCAGAAAAGCAAAGAUGCAGCCUUUGAAACACUUUCUGACCCAAAAUACAGUGGAAAAAUGAAGGUCCUUCAGCAGCUUUUAAAUCAUUGCAGGAAAAACAAAGAUAAAGUUCUUCUUUUCUCCUUUUCCACCAAGUUGCUUGAUGUGCUGCAGCAAUACUGUAUGGCGUCUGGGCUUGAUUACCGACGACUUGAUGGAAGUACAAAAUCAGAGGAAAGAAUCAAGAUUGUGAAAGAGUUCAACAGUACACAAGAUGUUAACAUUUGCCUUGUCUCCACAAUGGCUGGUGGACUAGGCCUCAAUUUUGUUGGUGCCAAUGUGGUUGUAUUAUUUGAUCCUACUUGGAAUCCAGCCAAUGAUCUUCAAGCAAUUGACAGAGCAUACAGGAUUGGGCAAUGCAGAGAUGUCAAAGUGCUUCGGCUGAUAUCCUUGGGAACUGUGGAGGAGAUCAUGUACUUACGACAGGUAUACAAGCAGCAACUUCACUGUGUGGUGAUUGGUAGUGAAAAUGCCAAGCGAUAUUUUGAAGCAGUGCAAGGAUCGAAAGAGCACCGAGGAGAGCUCUUUGGGGUCUACAAUCUCUUCAAACUAAGAUCCGAAGGGUCUUGCCUGACAAGGGACAUCCUGGAGAGAGAAGGCCAAGUGGAAGCAGGGAUCAUGACAGCCACAACAUGGUUGAAGGAAGAACCUCCAGUACACAAACUAGAAACACCUGGAGGGCCUGACUGCCAACACAGAGGUCCAGAACAACCUGCAGAACCACUGGCAAAAGCAGCACGUGAUCUCUGCAGUGAGUUUAGUGACGAUGAAUCGGUGGGAAACUCUACAAUAAAGACUGCUAAGAACAAAGCAUCAGACUCAAGUAAAACUUUAGGUUCUCCUGGACAGCUCACCUUACUCCAGUGUGGUUUCUCUCAAUUGUUUGAGGCAAAAUGUAAAGCGGCUGAGGACAGUGAUGGAAGCAGUACCUCUGAUGAUGUGAGUUCUGAUGAACAGCCCUCAUGCCUUUCAACACAAGCCGAAGAUGUGGGUUGUCAGGAAAGUCGAGAGUCUCUUGGUACUUUGAAACAUCAGCAAUUAGCUAACAUCCUAAAUCCAGAUGAAAAAUGCAUUCUUGAUAAAAGUAAGAAGAUUUUAGAACAGAAUAUUUCUUCUGAGUCUGAUGAUGAGAAAAAUUUUAAAAAUACAGCUGACCACCGUUGCAUCUUAGAGGAUGUCACAGAUUCAGAGGACAGUGAUGUCAUCUUUCCCACGCAGUAUACAACUCAGAGAGUCCUUAAGAAUAGUGUAAGAUUUAAGCUACCUGUGGAUGGAUCUGAAGAUUCUGAAACAGAAAACCCUGUAAAAGGAAGAAAUAAUGGGGAUGAUAGGAAGACCAAUGUCAAAGGAAAUGGACUAAUUUCAAAACAAUUAAAUCCUGAGAACAUGACCCUGAAAUCUUUUCCAAAAAGAAAAGGAAGUAGCGAUAUUAGUGAUGAAUCUGAUGACGUUGAAAUUCCGUCCAAGUCAGGAUUAAGAAAGCAAAGAGCUACUAGUUCUUUGAAGUUGAAGAGAAGAAAGGAAAAUAAAAGGGAAUUUUGCACUUUUCCAAAAACAAUGAAGAGAACAGACCAACUGUGUGCAACAGCUAAAGACUGCAACUCUCAGACUAUUGAUGAUUUUUCAUCCUCAGAUGACGAUUUAUCUGUUCGCCAUAUCAGUUUCUCUAAACAGAAUCAUAGACCAAAAUCUAUAAAAGAGAGAAUCAGUUUUUCUUCAAAAUUGCCUGGUCAUAAGAAGAACAGCACUUCCAUACCAAGAAAACCAAUGAAAUUUUCAAACGAGAGCAUUGUCAAUCAAGAGCCCACAUGUGAAUCAAUGGAUAAAUUUUUAGGUGGCGUUCAGGAAGUGGCUUACGUUCACUCAAACCAGAAUGUGAUCGGAUCAAGCAAAGCGGAAAAUCACAUGAGCCGAUGGGCAGCGCGUGAUGUGUUUGAACUGAAGCAGUUUUCCCAGCUUCCCGCAAACGUAGCCGUUUGCACUUCUAAGACACAUAAGGGAAAAAUGAAGGGAGCUAUGUCGACAGAUACAAAGGAACACCAACAAGCAGGCGAGGGAAGCACGCCGUAUCCCCUUUACCUUUCACACCCUGUGAGCCAGAAGAAGAAGAACGUCUACCGUACAGAGCAGACCACCUUCAUAAUUGGAGAAACACCAAAAGGAAUCCGCAGAAAACAAUUUGAAGAGAUGGCCUCUUAUUUUAAAUUGUCUUCUGUAAAGGAGUUUGCUAAACAUAUAAUUAAUGCCACAUCAGAAGAGAGACAGAAAAUGCUAAGAGACUUUUACGCUUCUCAGUAUCCAGAGGUAAAAGAAUUUUUUGCAGAUUCUCCUUCAGAAUUCAUUCAGUCUGCCUAUGAGGAGGGAGAGACAGUCAAGAAUAAGUCUGAAAAAAAAGAAUCUCUUAUAAAAGGAAGGCCGUCAGAUUCUGACACUUUAUCAUUUAAAAGCUCUGCCAAAAAAAUUUCUCAAACUUGCAGCCUGAAAACCUGUAAAGAAAAAUCAAUUAAGUUUCAGAAUCACAGUUUCUAUAGAGGAGAGGUGCUUUCUAAUGAUGUGGAGACUAAGAAAUUACCUAUAAGUUCUACCCAAGAGACUAAGAGUGGGAAAAACAGCCAAGCAUCCUGUUCCCUGAACAGUACGUCUCGAGCAUAUGAGUUAGAAAAUACAGAAAACGCCAGGAAAGGCCAACAGGACCUGGCAAAAAUGGAUGUUUCAAGAAAUGGACCCCUUUCCAAAGUGGGAAACAAAAAGACAGAACGCCCAGCGUCAGAAAACACUUCCGUGGUAGACUUGCUUGGGGACACCUCUAUUCUUGAUGACCUCUUUAAAAGCCACGGGAGCGGUCCCACACAGCUGCCAAAGAAGGCCCUUCCAGGGCCCGCGGAGAAAGCAAAACAGAGGCCCAAAGAUUUCUGGGACAUCUUAAAUGAGCAGAACGGUGACAGUCUUAGUAAACUCACGGACUUGGCGGUGAUCGAGACUCUGUGCGAAAAAGUGCCCUUCGCUGCAUCCUCCAAGAGGAAGGAGGAUCUAGAAGCUUCUCUUUGGAAAUCCAACGAGAAGUUUUUGUGGAAAAAAUUUAACUGCAGUGAUACGGAUGAAAACACAACUAAUAUACAAGAAUAAUACAUAAACACAGAUGAAUCUCUACAACCAAUGAGCUUCUGCCGUCAGCGUUUACAGCACUGUAUUCCCCACAAAUUAUGUUACCUUGAACACGGUUGUCAACGUCUAUUUUUAAUAAACUCUUGCUCCAGGGUUGGGUUUUGUUUUUUAAGUCUAAAAUGUUAUCAUGUAUGUUUUCCUUAAUAUCUGAUUUGAUCUUUUUAAAAAAAUAUGAUUGUGUUAUAGUAUCAAAUACUGUUAUGAAAUGGAAAAGAUUCUAGAUUUGUUAUCAGGAGAUCUGGGGCACCUCUCUUACUGUGUAAUUAUGUGGCCUUAGAAAAGUCACUUUGCCUGGUGUGCAGCCAGUUCCUGCUAUGAAAGAUGAAGGGUUUGAAUUCGAUCGACAUGAAUUUCCUUCCAGUUUUUAAAAGCUUUGGUUUACUCUCCCAGAUUCCCUCAAGUCAUAGGCCGAACUGUCCUCACCCCCCCAAACCAAGGGUAGACUGAUGUGUUUCUUUCUUAACUAACACUUGGAAAAUUACCUGUUUUCCUUUUCCCUCAGGUACUACUGUUAUUAAAUUAUUCGUAUCAAAGUAAUAACUAGCACUGAAUAAAUGGCGUGUAUUAAAAUAGUAAGUUUGUAACUGCUCAAAAUCAAAGAGUUAAGGUAUAACCUUACUACAUAUGAUGCUCAAGUAAUAGAAUUAUUAUCAUGAGCCACAGGACACGUGCCUCACCUUUUUAUACAACUGUUUAAAGCUUUGUAUAGCUCUUUUGUAUGUAUUAAGUGUGAAGAAAUGAGUAAACAUAUGAUUUUAUUGAAAA